AUGUCCGACCGAAACAAUAAUCCAAGAGCUGAAUACCAGCAGUACCAGCCUACUAUAAGUACUACCAGACCUACUAUAGCUACUACCAGGUCCACUAUAGCUACUACCAGGUCCACUAUAGCUACUACCAGGUCUACUAUCGCUACUACCAGGUCUACUGUAGCUACUACCAGGUCUACUAUCGCUACUACCAGGUCUACUUUAGCUACUACUAGACCUAAUAUAGCUACUACCAGGCCUACUAUCGCUAUUGCCAGACCUACCAUAGCUAUUACCAGACCUACUAUCGCUACUACCAGGUCUACUAUAGCUACUACCAGGCCUACUAUAGCUACUACCAGACCUACUAUAGCUACUACCAGGCCUACUAUAGCUACUACCAGGUCUACUUUAGGUACUACAAGGUCUACUUUAGGCACUACCAGGCUUACUAUAGGUACUACCAGGUCUACUUUAGAUACUACCAGACCUACUAUAGCUACUACCAGGCCUACUAAAGCUACUACCAGACCUACUAUGGCUACUACCAGACCUACUAUAACUCCUACCAGACCUACUAUAGCUACUACCAGACCUACUAUAACUCCUACCAGACCUACUAUAGCUACUACCAGAUCUACUAUACCAAAUACCAGACCUACUAUAGCUACUACCAGGUCCACUAUAGCAACUACCAGACCUACUUUAGCUACUACCAGACCUAUUUUAGCUACUACCAGACCUACUAUAGCUACCAACAGACCUACUAUAGCUACUACCAGACCUACUAUUGUUACUACCAGAUCUACUCUAGCUUCUACCAGAUCUACUAUAGCUACCAUCAGACCUACUAUAGCUACUACCAAACCUACUAUAGCUACUACCAUACCUACUACAGCUACUACCAGACCUACUAUAGUCACUACCAAACCUACUAUAGUCACUACCAAACCUACUAUAGCUACUACCAGACCUACUACAGCUACUACCAGACCUACUAUAUAUACUGCCAGCCCUACUAUAGCUACUAUAAGGUCAACUAUAGCUACUACCAGAUCUACUAUAGCUACUACCAGACCUACUAUAGUCACUACCAAACCGACUAUAGUCACUACCAAACCUACUAUAGCCACUACCAGACCUACUACAGCUACUACCAGACCUACUAUAUAUACUGCCAGCCCUACUAUAGCUACUACAAGGUCAACUAUAGCUACUACCAUACCUACUAUAGCUACUACCAGACCUACUAUAGCAACUACCAGACCUACUACAGCUACUACCAGACCUACUAUAAAUACUCCCAGAUCUACAAUAGCUACUACUGGGUUGAAUGACUAG